GUCUGCGGGAGGAGAGAAGUUUAAGCUCUUAGCUGCGCCCCCACCUCCCAGGAAUGUUGGAGGCAGCGGUAAUUUAAUCAAAGGAAGGUGGGAGUUUAGAUUUCAAAAUGUAGAUGUCACAUUUCAAUGCAAACGACUCCUACAUUAACACUUUAUCAGUAUGUCAAGAUGAAUCUUUUUAUCUCCUACGGGGGUUGGGGGGAGGGGGAGUGCCUCGCUAAGAUUGUUAGUGUUUUGUGCUGAGCCUCCCGGCAUCCUACUGAAGGUCCCAUUCGUCCCCGCGGAGCACGGGAGUUGUGAAAAGUAACGCACAACUGGCCACCAGAAUAUUCAUUCCCUCCACCUUCUGGUUAGCACCUCCCACUUCUCCUCUUUUUAUAGCAGCCCUUUCUCUGCAAAUCUCAGGUUACUUGGCUGGGAGUUCUCAGACCUCUAGUUUCUGUCCUGCCCUCAGCCUCCAAUCCUUAAGAGACACCCAGCUCCAGCAAUUGGAUUGGGCAGCCUGUCUUGACACACCACUGUGCUGAGUGCUUGAGGACGUGUUUCAACAGAUGGUUGGGGUUAGUGUGUGUCAUCACGUUGGAGUGGGGAUUAAGAGAAGGAAGGCUGCCUCGCCUGAGCUGUGUGGUCUUCUCCAAGUGAGAGUUGCAGGCAAUAGAACUACUUUGCUUUGGAAAGAAGAGGAGGAAUUCAUUUUCUGCAGCCACAAGGAAAGCAGUUUUUUCAGGCUGAUCCAAGGCUGCCUACGCAGGACUUGGACGACAUGGGAGAAUUCCACAGACAGAGGGACACACAGAAUCAGUGAUAGGCCGAAUGGAAAGAAGAAAGGAAGUGCCGAGGAAUAAUAAAUUCACACUUGGAAAAGGCAAAGUUGUUGCCUCCCCCGCCGCCCAAGCCCCUCGGCAAAGGUGCUGAGGACCACCCAUCAUCAUCUGAAGAAGGUGAACUUGGCAAAUGACAUGCAGGUUCUCCAAGGCAGAAUAAUUGCAGAAAAUCUUCAAAGGACCCCACCUGCAGAUGUUCUGAACACCUCUGAGUGCAGAAACUGAGUAUUCAACCAGGAUACCUAAUUCAAGACCUUCAGAAACAGGAGCCUGUGACGUCUUGUCAGUUUUGCGACAUUUGGACUAACUACAAUGAAGUAUUCUUGCUGUGCCCUGGUUUUGGCUGUGCUGGGUACAGAAUUGCUGGGGAGCCUGUGUUUGACUGUCAGAUCCCCAAGGUUCCGAGGACGGAUACAACAGGAACGAAAGAACAUUCGACCCAACAUUAUCCUGGUGCUCACUGACGACCAGGAUGUGGAGCUGGGGUCCCUGCAAGUCAUGAACAAAACGAGAAAGAUUAUGGAGCAUGGGGGGGCCACCUUCAUCAACGCGUUUGUGACCACGCCCAUGUGCUGCCCGUCGCGAUCCUCCAUGCUCACCGGGAAGUACGUGCACAACCACAAUGUCUACACCAACAAUGAGAACUGUUCCUCUCCAUCCUGGCAGGCAAUGCACGAGCCUCGAACUUUUGCUGUGUAUCUUAACAACACUGGCUACAGAACAGCCUUUUUUGGAAAAUACCUCAAUGAAUAUAAUGGCAGCUAUAUCCCUCCUGGGUGGCGAGAGUGGCUUGGAUUAAUCAAGAAUUCUCGUUUCUAUAAUUACACUGUUUGUCGCAAUGGCAUCAAAGAAAAGCAUGGAUUUGAUUACGCAAAGGACUACUUCACAGACUUAAUCACUAACGAGAGCAUUAAUUACUUCAAAAUGUCUAAGAGACUGUAUCCCCAUAGGCCCAUUAUGAUGGUGAUCAGCCACGCGGCACCCCACGGCCCCGAGGACUCCGCCCCACAGUUCUCAAAACUGUACCCCAAUGCUUCCCAACACAUAACUCCUAGUUAUAACUAUGCACCAAAUAUGGAUAAACACUGGAUUAUGCAGUACACGGGACCCAUGCUGCCCAUCCACAUGGAAUUUACCAACGUUCUGCAGCGCAAAAGGCUCCAGACUCUGAUGUCAGUGGAUGAUUCUGUGGAAAGGCUUUAUAAUAUGCUUGUGGAAACAGGGGAGCUGGAGAAUACUUACAUUAUCUACACCGCUGACCACGGUUACCAUAUUGGACAGUUUGGACUGGUCAAGGGGAAAUCCAUGCCAUAUGACUUUGAUAUCCGUGUGCCUUUCUUUAUUCGUGGUCCAAGUGUGGAACCAGGAUCAAUAGUCCCACAGAUUGUUCUGAACAUCGACCUGGCUCCUACUAUCCUGGAUAUCGCUGGGCUUGAUACACCUCCUGACGUGGAUGGCAAGUCUGUCCUCAAACUCCUGGACCUGGAAAAGCCAGGUAACAGGUUUCGAACAAACAAGAAGGCCAAAAUUUGGCGUGAUACCUUCCUAGUGGAAAGAGGCAAAUUUCUACGUAAGAAGGAAGAAUCCAACAAGAAUAUCCAACAGUCAAACCACUUGCCCAAAUACGAGCGAGUCAAAGAACUCUGCCAGCAGGCAAGGUAUCAGACUGCCUGUGAGCAACCUGGACAGAAGUGGCAGUGCCUGGAGGAUGCAUCUGGCAAGCUGCGGAUUCACAAGUGUAAAGGCUCCGGUGACCUGCUGGCGGUUCCGCAGAGCACACGAAACCUCUACUCUCGCGGCUUCCAUGACAAAGACAAAGCGUGCACUUGUGCGGAGAGCGGUUAUCGCACCGGCAGGGCCCAGAGGAAAAGCCAAAGGCAGUUCCUGAGAAAGCAGGGGACUCCGAAGUACAAGCCCAGAUUUGUCCAUACUCGGCAGACGCGUUCCUUGUCCGUUGAAUUUGAAGGUGAAAUAUAUGACAUCAACCUGGAAGAGGAAGAACUGCAAGUGUUGCAGCCAAGAACCAUUGCCAAGCGUCAUGACGAAGGCCGCAAGGGGCCAGGAGGUCUCCGGUCUGCCAGCGGUGGGAACGGGGACGGGAUGCUGGCAGACAGCAGCAACGCCGUGGGCCCGCCUGCCACCGUCCGAGUGACACACAAAUGUUUUAUUCUUCCAAAUGAUACAAUCCAUUGUGAGAGAGAACUGUACCAAUCAGCCCGAGCCUGGAAGGAUCAUAAGGCCUACAUUGAUAAAGAGAUUGAAGCUCUGCAAGAUAAAAUUAAGAAUUUAAGAGAAGUGAGAGGACACCUCAAGAGAAGGAAGCCCGAGGAGUGCAGCUGUAGUAAACAGAGCUAUUACAAUAAAGAGAAAGGUGUAAAAAAGCAAGAGAAAUUGAAGAGCCAUCUUCACCCAUUCAAGGAAGCUGCUCAAGAGGUAGACAGCAAGCUACAGCUUUUUAAGGAGAACCGGAGGAGGAAGAAGGAGAGGAAGGAGAAGAAACGCCAGAGGAAGGGAGACGAGUGCAGCCUUCCCGGCCUCACCUGCUUCACGCACGACAACAACCACUGGCAGACGGCCCCCUUCUGGAACUUGGGCUCUUUCUGUGCUUGCACAAGUUCUAACAAUAACACCUACUGGUGUUUGCGGACGGUUAAUGAAACGCACAAUUUUCUUUUCUGUGAGUUUGCUACCGGCUUUUUGGAGUAUUUUGAUAUGAACACAGAUCCUUAUCAGCUCACAAAUACGGUUCACACAGUAGAACGAGGCAUCUUGAACCAGCUACACGUACAAUUGAUGGAGCUCAGAAGCUGUCAAGGUUAUAAACAGUGCAACCCAAGACCUAAGAGCCUUGAAGUUGAGGACAGUUAUGGGAUGGAUGGGAAGGCUAAUCAGCCCAGUCUCCUGGCAGACACCAAUUGGCAAGCCCUGGAGGAUCUAUACAGUGUGAAUGAGAGUGUCUAUGAGUACAGACAAAACUAUAGACUUAGUCUGGUGGACUGGACUAAUUACUUGAAGGAUGUAGAUAGAGUAUUUGCACUGCUGAACAGUCAUCAGGGGCAAAAUAAAGCAAAUCAGACUAAAACUGCUCAAAGUGAUGGGUUCCUGGCCGUAUCUCCUGUGCCCCCUGUGCCAGUGGAGAUGGCCUCUGCUGAGUCAGAUGAAGACCCAGCUCAUGUGGGUGGGGAAGCUCCUUGUUUGACCUUGCCAGCCAGCCUUAAAACCCUGUAUUUGAACCCACCAACAUUCAAUCCAGAGAGGAAACUUGAAUGGAAUAACGACAUUCCAGAAAUUAGUCGUUUGGAUUCUGAACACUGGAGAAAUCAUAAAACUGAAAAAUGGAUGGGGCAUGAAGAGAUCAAUCAUUUUGACCACGAUUUCAGUGGCAACAGCAUGACAGAGCAGGCACUCCAGCCCAGCCCCAUUCUGCAGCCCAUGAGCAGGCAUCAGCAGGAGCUCCACCAGGCUGGGGGUCCAGGAGGAGACGUGUUAGAAGAUCAGCUGUAUCUUCCUGUGCACUCUGAUGGAACCUCUGUCCAUCAGAUGAUCAACAUGUCCACUGUGCAGCCACACAGGAACUCCAGCACAGUGGAAGGGACGUCCAACAAAGUGGAGGAGAAUCACAGCAGGGGGAGCUUACAGAGUCUAGAAGGCAGCGCCUCCUCGCUGCUUUCCUCUGACUAGAUGGAAUUCUUACCUUAUACACAGUAUUUUUUUUAACUUUUUAUUGGUAAACUAAUAAAACUAAUAGCUACCAACAUUCCAAGCUAUCCUAGACACACUUGUAUGUUAGAAAUUAGUGUACGUGUGAGCAACAUGCACAGAGGGACUCAUUGUUUUAAUUCACUAUCUUUGACAAGUAGAGAGGAAGAGGGGUUUUGUUUCAUUUUGUUUUGUUUGGUACUAAAACAGUAUUAUCUAUUGAAAGUUGUAGGGGCAUGCAUAUAUAAAUGUUACCUGAUCAAGAAGACUAGAUGGUGAUGGUCUACAUUUCCAAAGCCUGACACCAUCAGCGAAUCUUCCAACACUCUUCCACUGCCUGCGUGACGUAGUAUCGACUCAUUUUCAACCACUGGAAUUUUCAGUGCCAUCAGUUUUGGUUCCGUGAUUUUGCACUUUGAGAUCUGAAUGCCAUGUCUAUUUGGUUAGUCUUAUUUUUUCUUUCCAGGUUUGUCACAGUCCCACUGUUCUCAGUAGGACACAGUAAAAUAGACCCCCUAGGACGACACACAGUAUGGAUCCCAUAUUGUUUAACAUACUCUUUUGCCAGAAAAUAAUUGCAUGCAUUUUACCUCGACUUGCUAAAAUUGAUUAGCAGAAAGGCAUGGCUAAUGAUGUUGGCAGCAAAAAAGAAAUAAAUGAGUAAACAAAGCUGAGAUUGCCUGAUUUCCCUGUGCCAGACCUCUAGGUAUUCAUCAUAUCUUUAAGAUCGUUUAAUUCUGAUUACUUUUUUGACAGGAUAAAAGGACUUUUUUUUUUUUUCCACCUUUAUUUUGUUUUCAUGACCUGCUUAUUAAGCAUAAGUCUUGAGAAAAAGUAAGUUUAGUUGUGAAGUUAUAUCAGAAAAAUGUUUUUCAAUAAAAUAAACUCACAAAUGUUUCAUAACUUAAACACACUAUAUAUGAGGUUACUUUCAUAACAUGGUGUUGUAUGAUUAUUUUUAAGGCUUUCACCAAGUUCUAAUGUUUUUUAAGGCAUAGUUCAAAAUUAUUGCUGAAAAGCCGUGUUCUUGAAAAUAUUCUUGUUUUGUAAUAGAUUUUUAAAUACCAACUAAAGGAUUACCUCGUUGAGAGAGUUAUCAGUACCUUAUUCAACUUUCCAAGAAGGUGUAUACUUUGGGUUUUCUUUUUACCUUUCUUGGCCUAACAGUGAUUUUCCUUUAAUUCAAAUGCAUAGGUAAAUUAUGUUUUCUUAAAGCAUUUAAGGUAAACUCUUUUAAAGAAAAUUUAAUUUGUUAUAGUUGAAUCUUUGAUAACUUUAAGAAAGUCUUUAUUGUAGACUGUACAUAUGUUGAAAUUAACUAGCUGUUUAUCAGAUGUGCGUGUCAUUGGCUGAAUGACAGAAUAAACAUAUUUAUGAUCGUGAA